AUGGUGGCCUUUCAGCCCGCUUUCAAGCUCAUGCUUGUCAGUCUUAGCCUCGUCUUCGCGCUCGCAAACGACGCACAUGCAGACGCAGGCGCACACGCACCAGCCGCCGUCCGCCGCCAUGCCGGCCGCGCAGCUCGCAUGUCCAAACGCUUCCCGCCCGUCGCAGCCUCCAACCCACAAGCUGCUCAGCUAGACAAGAGGCAGCGACACGGCAUCUUCGGCCUCACCCCCGAAGAGAUCGACCAGAUCCUCGGCAACGAGCCCAUUGACGGCGACUCCACCUACCCAUCAUCCAACAGCACCAACUCCACGUCUACCUCCACUCGCCGCGCUCCUCGCACACACACUCGCUCGGCAACCGACUCGGACUCGGUCGCCCCAACAAGCACGGCUUCGCUUCGCAGCUUUGCUCUGCCCAGCGCCAACUCCACUUCCACCUCGCACUCCAGCUCAACGGCAGACCCCACCGACUCCACCCACUCCUUCGCCUCGAGCCACGCGCCGUCCUCAACCUCGUCCCGAUCUGCCUCCUCCCCAACAUCCUCUGCUUCGUCUUCGAACGAUCCAUUCACCGACGCCGACGCCGAUCCCACUUCGUCGUCCCCUGCAUCCGUAGCCACCGCUUCGCCCACCUCGUCCCAGAACAUCCUCGGCGGCCUCCUCGGCGGCUUGCUCGGCCAUUCCACUGCCUCCUCCUCCUCCGACGCGCCUAGCCAGACUUCAAAUGGCCAGCAGGGCUCAGACGACGGCGACACCGCCUCGUCAGCCAAGACCGCGCCCACCGCAACCUCCUCGGUGGAUAGCGGCGACACCGAUGGCGAGGCUCCUACCUCGUCCAGCCGCGCGCCCAAGCAGACCCAGCCCGACUUUUACAGCUUCACUCCCCAGCCCACCAGCUCCUCGUCUUCCUUGGCUCCCACCUCGACCGGCUUGGUGGGCAGUCUGCUCGGCGGCCUCGUCCCUUCUUCCUCCGCCUCCGCUUCAGCUUCACCCACCCCAUCGCCAACAGGUACAGACUCGGGCUCCGACUCGGGCUCGGAUUCUGAUACCGCCUCCUCCACCCGCACCACCCAAACCAAUGCCCCCAGGCCUACCGGCAGCGCCGAUGCAGGCUCGGCCACCGACACCAACUCUUCCGACUCGGCUUCUUCCACCAGCUACGGCGCUGGCUCUGGCUCCUCCACCGUGUCCGACAGCCCAACCGCAACUGCAACCGUCACCGACGGACCCAGCUCCACCACACAAGAUUCAGCCUCGGUUCCCACCGCCACCGGUACGGCCACUGCCUCGCAAUCCGACUCGGGAUCCGCAUCGAGUGCAGACCCCCAGUCUUCUUCGUCGUCGGCAUCGUCGGAUGAUUCCGCAUCCUCAUCAGCCUCGUCGACCGCCACCACCAACCCGUACUGGUACGCCAACACCCAGUCCCUCAAGAUGGCGCCCAGCAGCACUUCCAGCGCCGCAUCCCCAGCGCAGACCGGCUCGGACAGCUCGAGCAGUGGCAGCACCGACACCUCGACCAGUGCAUCCGAUGGCGGCUCCGGCUCAACCCCGGCGCUGCAGGACUUGCCCACCACCAUCGUGCCAUCCGCCGACUCGUACACCCAGCCGCCCGACACCACCUCGAUCGGCCUGCUCUUCAAGCAGGACAUGAAGUGGACCUGGGUCAUCUCGCAGGCCGACCUCACCGCGCAGAUCUUUGCCUUUAUGCCCGACCUCGUCGGCCAUUCGGUCAGCCUCGACUCGUCCAAGGUCUCGACGGUCAAGCUCGCCAGCUACUCGCCCGAGACCGGCAGUGGUGCGUCGGCCGCCUCGCUGUCCACCGCCAAGACGCUCUACAUGGCGUACGUGCCUAGCUCGAGCGUCGAGGAUCUCCAGGCCAUGAUUGCCAAUACCUCGUCGCCCUUCUACACCUCGGCCGCUCCUGGCGCGCCUCAGCAGCUGGCGAGCCAGGUGGAUCCUACGUUCAACAUCCUCAGCGUUGCCGGUCAGGUGGCUGCUGGCGCCAAGCAGAAUUCGACCUCGGGCAGCGGCAAGACCAAGGACGACUCGACGCUUCGCAACAGCCUCAUCGGUGUCGGCUGCGGUCUCGCAGCAUGCCUGUCGCUGGUUGCGGGCGGUGUGAUGUGGCGCAAGCAGCGUCAGGCCAAGGAGGACGCUGUUGGUGGUGGCAACACCGGUGUGUCGCGUGCGCAGACGAUCCGAUCGUUCAGCGGUGGACUGCGCGAGACGUGGGCACCGGAUGCGCUGGACCAGCACCGUGCGCUCGGAACGGGUGGCGAGAUGCAGCAGGUCUGGAUGGCCGAUGGCGGUCCCGCGUACGUAUCGAGCGGGCAUGCGGAUGGAUUUGGCGGCUACGCUGCAGCAGAUCCGUUCCAGGAAUCAGCAUACCAUCCCGAGGCGGCAGGCGCAUACGUGGCGAUGAACAGGUCGAGCAGGAUGACGGAGCGAUCCCACUACUCGGACUUUAGCCAGAUGACCGAAGCGCAACGCAUCCAGUACGACUACGAAUCAUCGCGUCGCUCGUUCCACUCGACUUCCGAGCAUUCGGGUACGCACAGCGAAAACAGCAACGAAUCGGCGGGCAUGUUGUCGACGUACCAGGAGGAUUACCGUGUGCCGCGACAGCAUACUACCAACCACGCGUUCGGCGCGAGGUCCAACAGUGUCACCCGCUCCACGAGGAGGAGAGGCAGCGUUGCAAGCUCCACCAUUGGCAGGCCAGAGAUGAUGAGCAAUUCCGUCCUGCUCUAA